AUGCACCCACCACCACCAUCUAUAUUCUCAGAUCCAUCCCACCGCGCACAUAAACCCAAAACUUCUCCCAGUUCCUCCACCUCCACCUCCACCCCCCAAACCAAGAAUCAGAAUCAGAAUCACAAUCAAAAUAACCCACCCAAACGACCACCAGUAUCCAAACACAAAGCCCAGAUCCCACGCCUCCGACACUUCAAUCCAGACCUAGAAACUCAAACUCUAGAGCGAAGAACCCAAGGGCUAUUCAUGGAUCAGGCGAGUCUCAACUUCAAUCUCUUCAGCCGCUUGCAAAAGCCUGCACCACAGACUUCACCGCAGAGUUUGCAUUUCGUACCGGGUCCGCUGCAACAUCCUUAUGCUCAUCUUGUUCUGUCCACAUCUACAUCCACAUCCACAUCCAUAUCGCGGGUUUUCGCUGCUAAUACUACUCAGGUUGUUGCGACGAAUGAUGGCGAUGGCGAUGUUGAGGAUGUGGAGAUGAGGGAUGCGCCGGAUAUCAAUAUUUUCGAGUCGGGUGUUGUCACGGAGAAAACUGAAGAUCGAGAUAAAGAUGAAGAUGAAGAGGAAGAUAAAGAAUCAGGCACUUUCACUCCACCUACUACCAUCUCUUACAGCCCAACCCCUGCAUUACAUCCCUCAAAGAAAUCCCAUUUAUCUCAUUCAUAUCCAUCCUCCCUAUCUCCAUCAGCCCCAAACCAAACAACCAAAAACCCACUGCACCCCCUCCUCCAAACCAGCACCACCACCACCACCAGAGAGCAAAUCUCACUCGAACUCUCUCUCCUCAUAAUAACCAAACACAACGAGUUAAGACUCAUCCACUCAGAACUAGCACUUGCACAAAUCAUGCUCGAACAAUUGCGACGCGCGCAUUUGGUGCCUCACGUCUAUGUCAUUGAUGAGAAGGGGGAGGUUCGUGCGCAUAGGCCUGUUGUGGAGAAGGAGGUGGAGGAUUUGAAGAAGGAGGAAGGAAGGAAAAGGGGAACUAGGACUGGGUUGAGGAGUAGUAGCAGGAUUAAGUGUGCUAAGAGGUGA